UGUGUGAGUGUGGCUUGCUUGCCCAGAGGAAACGACCGACACACAACGCAAUACAGCAGUACACAGACACAACACAAUCACAACGUAACUUAUUAUACAGAAGCCAGCCGACACACACCACAGCUAUAUAGUAAAGCCACGGUUUAGCCAGACGAUAAGACACAAGCACAGCUGACUCAGCUGGGGUACGAACCUAUGUUCUCUUCAGCCGAGAAUUUUAACACGAAAAAUUAAUCGAUUAAAAAAUAAUAUCAAAUAAUUAACGAACACGAUAAAACCCUCAUAUAUAUGUAUACUUACAAAACACGAAAACACACGACAAUUUCAAGAAUACAUCAUUGGAUUAUUAUUUAAGUCAUACUAGAAUUAUAAUUAAUAUAAUUCGUAUUUGUUUAUAUCGUAAUCUCCAUAACAGUUUGUGAUCAUCAUCAUUAUCAUCAUCGUAAUCAUCAUCAUCUUUAUGAUAAACUUACCAGUCCACAUGGAGCGUAAUUCGGGCAGUUUUUGCGCAUCUCUGUUGUUGGUUAUAGUAUCGGUACACAUGCCGCUCCCUAUACAGUCAAAAUUACCUUUAAAACCGCAACCAGACACAGGUCAGACGGCUUCGCCUAUAGCAGGUUGCAUUUUGGGAGGGAAAUCAUACAAAUUAGAAGAAAAAUGGAGUUUGGAAAUGGAGGAAGCGGACAUGAAGUACUGCGUCAAAUGUACAUGUUUUCCGGUGACCAAAGUACGAAUGGGACGCACAUAUUUAAGCGGGAAAGUCUCAUGUCGAAAUAUACGGAAAUGUCCACGCCAGACAUGCGAAAGUCCUGGAGGUUUAUGCUGCAGUACCUGUCGAAUAUUAGUAAUUUCAAAUGAACCAUUUUGGAAACACGACAAAGCAGAAUUCACAGCCCUUCUGGUUGGGUCCACCAUCAGUAAACCAGUCCACACCAAUAAUGUGGCAAUAGCAGAUAUUAGUGUCUAUGACUCCACACUCUAUUAUUCUAUUCGACAUACAAGACUAAAACAGCUGGAGAAGUUGCUAUUCGUUCUGGAUCAAGGAAAUAUUAUACAUCAAAUACAUAUUACAGCACCGUUACAAUCUAAGGUGUGUUGGGGCAAAUGUACCUCUUUACCACAGGUAUGCGGUGUGUGGAGGAAAGUACCUGUCCUGUAUCAGCAGUACCUGUGGGACAAACGUGUGUCGAUCGUCUUGACGACAGCGCUUCAUCCAGACGGCGAAGUCAAAGGCCGAGUUAUAACAACCAAUGAUAAACAUAAAGAAACUUUCACGACAGUGUUAUGGUCCCAAUCAAUGAAAGGCGAAGGGGGCCGGGCCAAUUUCUUCAUUGAUCCUAUUGGAUAUACAAUAUAUUACAACAUCACAUUAGCGCGACCUUUUACAGGCAUCAACAAACUGGCACUUAACCAAGAGCGGAUUACAGUCAGUGUGCUUUACAACAGAAAAACUAUACUUAUGGACUGGGUUUAUGAAGCGGAUGGAAUAAUUAAUGGAUUAUGGAUGAAACUAAAGAAACGAACUCUCAGACAACUAACUCGAGGAAAACUAGUCAUUAAAGUUAAUACUCAAACCACUAAACCGUUUAGUGGAAGAAUUCUACCAAGAAUAACAUGUGGAGCUUUUCAGGCAGUGCUCUCUAGCAGCGAAGUCACACCAGGGAAGAGGUUUGUUCCUGGAAUCGGUACUGCAAUAUUUCAUCUUCGACAAAAUGGUAAAUUAGAUUACAAGAUUGGCGUAAACGGUAUGACCAGACAUGUGCAACAUAUUAGUCUGGAACGAGGUACGGGCUCUAGUGGAAGCGGAAGUGGUACAAGAACCCGGCAUCGGAAAAGGAAGAGAUCAGAUCGAAACCUAAUGAAACACUUCCAGUUGACCCACUAUGAUGGGUUUGAUGGGUGGGCCAAUGGAACGUACAGAAAGCCGAAGUUAAAAGACAUUCAUCUCUUGCUGGAUGAGAAGUUGUUCAUAAAAGUAUCUACAAGCAGACGGCGGAAUUCAGCCCUUCGCGGUCAUAUCAUUGAAACUCCAUACCACGAACGUAGCCAUCUUUUUACGGGAUUUCCGUUCGUUAUUCGAGCGCGUGAUAAUGGUAUUUUCAAAUCUAGUGGUGCAGCUUACGCAUGGUUAGCUCUUGACUCCGGAUGCCAGUUUCACUACCAAAUAUUGCUUGAUGAUAUGGCUAUAUCACAAGACCACAAGGCCAGUGCUUACCUUGCUAAAUAUGGCAGCCAUGUUAACUCCCCACUCAAUCCAGGAUUCACAAGAAUGAUUGGGAAAUUCCAUAGCAGUAUUAUUUCCGGCAGUAUUACAACUUUAUCAGAAGAUCUUCUAAAAGCUUUAGACGUUGGCAAUGCAACAUUGAGAAUUUUAACUGGUAAACAUCCGAUGGGGAUAUUAGAAGCAAGUGUUUCAACGCCAAAUAAUUGCUGGAAGCUAACCCCAGAUGUAAGUGGAAUCGAUACAUUUUUAGUCGGAGUCACUGAUCAUGAUUUCCAGAAGCGGACUCAAUGUCAAUUUGAAAACAGAUAUUAUGAAGAUGGAGAGACUUGGGCACCAAAAGAUGUUAACUCUUGCAAGACAUGUGGUUGCGAGCGUGGUCAAGUGCGUUGCCAGUGGGUACUUUGUCCGCAGUUGUCCUGUAAUAACCCCGUCCACAUUGAAGGGCAGUGCUGUCCCGUAUGUCCUGCAUUGGAACAACGUGUUCGGAUGUCUAUCAAACAGAAUAUAACAUGUUUCUUCGAAGCAGACCAACGCUGGCAUCCUGCUUGGACUGUGUGGUACCCGUUUUUACACCCGUUUGGCUAUUCCACCUGUGCUCUUUGUUCUUGCUUGAUCGGCAAGAAUGCCUGGAAUUGCACUCCAAGAACUUGUCCUCCUUUAAGUUGUACUGCUACUGUCAACAAGUUUAAUAUGUCCCAUUGUUGUCCGGAAUGUUUGAAUACGAACAAGCCAACUGACGCUUCAGACACCGCUUUAGUACUGAAUGAUAAAAAUAUGGAUGGAGCCUGUAACUUCCAAGGAAAAGUAUACCAAAAUGGAACAGAAUGGUUUUCAAAUGUAAUGCUUUUAGGAGAGCCCCACUGUGGGACGUGCAUAUGCAUGGAAGGAAAACCCAAAUGCCGCUGGAAUAAAUGUCCGAAACUUCGAUGCAGAGCAAAAGUACGAAACAAGAAUUCUUGCUGUUAUAGAUGCCAACGAAAAAGAAAGAAAUCGGACAAUAAAACUGGACGGCGGAAACACUGAAAUUCCAAAGUUGAUGGAAAUACAAAAGCCAAAAACCAAAAAAAAAAUAAUAAUAAUAAAACAAAAAAAAAAACAUCAACAAAACAAAACAAAAGAAACAAUACUUUUGAUGAA